AUGGGCUCGUCGGCGACACUGGAUAUUAUUCGUACAGGGACUGAUUUGACUCGAAUAAACACUGAAAAAGUCGUCGAACUCGGUAUUCACUUAUCUGACGUACUCAAACUCAUUUCUGAGGUCACUUUACGCAAAGGCUGUGAAGAAGGCAUGGAUCAGGCGGCGUUGACAAUUUUGGCUGUCAUUGUGUUGAGACAAACAUUUUGUCGUCCAUCCGAUUUCGAAAUUGCACGUGUGCUCACGAAUGAGUCGAUAACCGUAAUCGGUGCUGGAAUUGCAGGUCUAGUGGCGGCGUUGUUCUUGAGUGUUGCUGGUUAUCGAGUGACUGUAAUUGAUAGGCAUGAUAAGCCAAUGCUUGGAAAAGAUUUGGACGUUUACAACGGCGGCACUACUAUGGGUGGUUGUGAUGCCCGACAUGCAUCGGUCACCGAGGCUGUAGCAGCUCCAACUCGGAUAAGAUCACUUCGAUUGAUGCCCAUGAAGAAAGGUUGGAAAAUGUUGGAUAAAAUGUCGGUUGACGAACAAAUGUGGGCUAAGAAAUUUGAGGCUAUGUCAGCCUUUCCGGCAAUGUAUUCUAUUUUUUCUGAUCUCGUAACAAGCGUGAAUCGAGUUGCAAUUGAUUUGUGGGAAGAUCUUUUUGAACGAAUUCCAGAGCUAGCUGAAAAUGCAAUAAGAAGUCGCCGAAUUGUUCGACUGUGUACAUCCGAGUUAGCUGUGUCAAACACGCUUAAAUUUCAAAGAAAAGUUCAUCGGAAAAAUGACGAAGUUGUUCGACUGUCGGAAGAGCAAAUGGUUGCACGUUUCCCUCACUUGAAUCGUAGUCAUCUCGCUGGUGGCAUCGAAGUUGAAGGCUUUACGAUCAAUGUAAAACAACUGGGUGAUAAUCUCAUCAAUUAUCUCGAGAAAAAACAGCAGGUGACAUUUAGAUGGGCAUCCGAAGUCGCAUCUCUACAAGAUACAGCAGUAACAUUGUAUACCGGCGAAAAGAUCAUCUCCGACCGAAUUCUUCUUGCAACAGGUGUCAGUGGGGACGACCUGCUUAAAGGUUCGCCAAUAACAAAACAAGUUCAAGGAGUCAUUGGCUAUUGGUUAACACUGCCUAAUAUCAACAUGAUUACAGAAGGUUUUAAGAUCCACGAGGAAGAUCCCGUUGCGGUAAUGAAUGUGACGAUGAGUGUUGACAACAAGACACUAAUUAUCAGUGGUGGUUUCGGGUUCGUGGGAAAUCAACGCAUCAUGAAAACAUCCCGGUAUACAGAAAUGGCCGUUUUAGUAGCACUCGCAGUGAAAAAAUAUUUUCCAACAGAGUUCGAAAAAGCUACUGAGUCAAACAAAAAACUCCGAGUGACCUAUUGUGUGCGCCCUAUGUCGGCUGACGGUAUGCCACUAAUUGACUGGACAACAGCAAAUUCAGCUAAAACUAUGUAUGUCGGAGGAACGAGUGGUGGUGGAUUUGUUCAGGCGUCCAUCUUAUCUCUCUUCGUAUUGGACAUGGUUUCUGGUCGAAAUACUUAUUCUCAUAUAACUCAAGCCAUGGCUAGUACAAGAGAUAGUCUAUCCAAUCGCCUCUACUAUAGUGUUGACAGAAACGCUUGUGCAGAAGAGACAAUAGAGAACUCGAUGAUAUCAUUAGACCCUGCCAUUCAACAAUUUGCAGAAGAUUUUCUUCUGUUGUAA